GGAACGACAAGCACAAGGGCAUCCUGGCAGCCGCUGCAGGUUAACCAUAGAAACGAAAAGAAGCAAAGAUGGAGGCCCCCGAAAAAGGAGUGCCGUUGUCAACCAAACUCUCCAAGCACGGUCAAAAUGGCGUCAUACAGCCUUUACUCACCGAUUUAUACCAAAUCACAAUGGCAUACGCCUACUGGAAAAGCCAGAAAUAUGAAGACACGGCGGUGUUCGACCUUUUCUUCAGAAGAAAUCCUUUCCGAGGAGAAUUCACAAUAUUUGCUGGGUUAGAGGAGUGUAUCAAGUUUCUGGAACAUUUCCAUUAUACAACAGAUGACAUCGAGUACCUGAGGACGAUUCUACCUCCCACCACAGAAGAAGAAUUCUUUGAAUUCCUGCAUAACCUUACAGCGAAGGACGUCAUAGUCUACGCCGUGGACGAGGGGUCGGUGGUGUUUCCCAGAGUUCCCAUUAUACGCCUGGAGGGUCCUCUUCCUGUUGUACAGCUCCUGGAGACCACAUUGCUCAACUUAGUCAAUUAUGCUAGUCUAGUUGCCACAAAUGCUGCCAGGUUUCGCCUAGCCGCAGGCCAAGACAAGCAGCUGUUAGAGUUUGGCUUACGCAGAGCACAAGGUCCUGAUGGAGGGCUGUCUGCUUCUCGGUACUGUUACAUUGGAGGAUUUGAUGGCACAAGCAACGUCCUGGCGGGAAAGCUCUUUGACAUACCUGUAAAGGGAACACAUGCCCAUGCAUUUGUCACCUCCUACGAGAAGCUGGAUGACGUCCAUGAGAGAACUAUGACAGCAAAGGAUGGCUCAAAAACGGUAGAUUUUGUCAGUCUGUGUGAGCAGAAAUUGGAGGAGCUAUCCAAAGUAUUAGGUUUCCCCAUAGACCAGGUUCACAUGGGCGAGUUGGCCGCCUUUGUGUCCUACGCCCGCGCCUUCCCCACUGGCUUCCUGGCCCUCCUGGAUACCUAUGAUGUCAUGAAAUCUGGCGUCCAUAACUUCUGUGCAGUCUGUCUAGCCCUCCAUGACCUUGGUUAUCGUCCAGUGGGGGUCAGACUGGACAGUGGCGACCUGGCCUACCUGUCCCUGUUACUGAGGGAGAGAUUUAAGAAGGUGGCGGAAAAGUUCAACCUAGACUGGUUUGGCAAGUUGACGAUAGUUGCCAGCAAUGACAUCGAUGAGGACACUAUCCACUCACUAAAUCAACAGGGUCACUCCAUAGAUGCGUAUGGGAUAGGAACACAUUUAGUUACUUGUAAGAAACAGCCAGCUUUGGGCUGUGUGUAUAAGCUUGUAGAGAUAAACGGCCUUGCGAGGAUAAAACUAAGUCAAGACGUGGAGAAGGUGACGACACCAGGAAAAAAGGUCGCGUACAGAUUAUUUGGCAGUGAUGGUAAUGCCCUGCUAGACUUAAUGACCCAGUCAGAGGAGGAGCCGCCCAAGGUCAAGGAGAGAGUCCUUUGCAGACACCCUUUUGUAGAGUCCAAAAGAGCCUAUGUUAUACCUGCCUAUGUGGAAUGUCUGCACAAAUUAUAUUGGAAAGAUGGACAGGUGCAACAGCCAUUACCCAAAAUGAAAGAAAUAAAAGAGAGAGCCUUGGCGUCAUUGAAUAAACUAAGACCGGACCAUAAAAGGGCGUUGAAUCCUACCCCAUAUAAGGUAUCUGUGUCAGAUCAACUUUACAACUUCAUGCAUGAUUUGUGGUUGGACAAUGCACCAAUAGGAGAGCUUUCUUAAGUCAUGUGACAUUUGUCAGCCAAUAGGAAUUUUUCUCUAAGUCAUGAGCAUACAGUGUCACUAGUCAUGUUAUAUUAGAUAACCAAAGAAGGUGACAUCUGGACUAAUAGGAGGAAAUAAUUUUGUCAUGUGACAGACGACAGCCAAUAGGAGAAAACCGUUAUGUCAUGUGACCUGGGAACCACAAGGAGCAAGUGUCUUUUCACAGCUGAGUCAAGAUUACUGCCAGAAAUCAAUUUCCAGCUGAAGGCCUACAAUUUGAGGGAUGUUUGCAAUAUUGGAAAGACCCAGCCAGUGGUAGGAUUUUUUAUAGAUAAAUAAAAUGUAUAAAUCUUUAAAAAUCAUAAUUGUCAUAAACAUGUAUUUGGUGUCUAAAUGAGCGUGGCCUAGUCAGUUUUUACCAUGUGACAAAUACAUGUGCACGCUAAUCAGAAGCAAAAAAUAUUUUCAAAUUAUAGGAUUCAUCAUUAAUAGAAUUAUACAAGUAUAAAUUUUUAGUUAUUUUUAUUGUCUGUCACAUGACUACAAUGUCUUAGUGGAUUUGUCAGUUUGAUACUAACAAUUUUUGCACAUGCAAUUGGUAAUCAGAAACUUAAAUAUUUUUCAAAAUGUAUUAUUUGCAUUGUCCAAUUGCAUGUAGUGAAAGUGCCAUGAAUGUGAGAUUUAUAGUUUACACCAGUUAAAAUCAUGGGAACAUUUCUUAUAUCAUGGAGAAAAAUUUUUGACCAUUGUUGAUUGUUUUGACAUGAAACAAGUAUAUGACAACAGUAAGGUCAGACAAAAUUGAUAAAUUGGUAAAAAGUUAGAACUCUUUGUAAACAGGUUUUUAUUUAUUUAUUUAUUUAU